CAUGUUUGGUAGAAAUAAAACAUGGCAGCGCCCACGAGUGAAGUCCAGAUUGUUCCUGCAAAAAAGCCCACAGUCCGAGGACCACGGCGGGUAGCCAAUCAAAUUCCAGAUGAAAUCCUGCAAGACCCUGAGUUACAGGAGGCAAUCAAAGCCCUGCCUGCAAAUUACAACUUUGAGAUCCACAAGACGAUUUGGCGAGUGAGACAAGCGAAAGCUACGAGAGUGGCCCUUCAGCUUCCAGAGGGCCUCCAGAUGUUUGCCUGUGUCAUCGCUGACAUCAUUGAGCGGUUCUCGGAGGCAGAUACCAUUGUGAUGGGGGACGUGACGUACGGGGCCUGCUGCGUGGACGACUUCACCGCUCGAGCCCUCGGUGCAGAUUUCAUGGUGCACUAUGGUCACAGUUGUCUCAUCCCCAUAGACUCCAUGGCAGGUAUUAAGAUGCUGUAUGUGUUUGUGGAUAUCCAGAUGGACAACGCACACUUCCUGGACACGGUCAAGUUCAACUUCCCUCCUGCACAAUCUCUGGCACUCGUCAGCACUAUUCAGUUUGUGGCAGCACUGCAGGCUGUGAGUGCAGCCCUCAAGUCAGAGUAUGAUGUGCUGGUGCCACAGUGUCGACCUCUUUCACCAGGAGAAAUUUUGGGCUGUACCUCACCUCGCUUGGAUCGCAAUAUAAAUGCCAUAAUUUAUCUGGGAGAUGGAAGAUUUCACCUGGAGUCAAUCAUGAUCGCAAACCCAGAUAUCCCUGCUUACAGAUAUGACCCCUACAGUAAGGUCUUCUCCAGGGAGUACUAUGACCACGAAGCCAUGCGUGCCUUGAGGCUCCAGGCUAUUGACAAGGCUCGGUCUGCCCAGAGAUGGGGCCUGAUCAUGGGCACGCUGGGCCGGCAGGGCAGCCCCAAAGUCAUGGAGCACCUGGAGUCACGGCUCCAGUCAUUGGGCAAGUCCUUUACUCGAGUGCUACUGUCUGAGAUUUUCCCAGGCAAACUGGAUUUGAUGCAGGACGUAGAUGCGUGGGUCCAGAUCGCUUGUCCGCGCCUUUCUAUCGAUUGGGGAACAGCCUUCUCGAAGCCCUUGCUGUCUCCAUAUGAGGCAGCUGUAGCUCUUCAGGACGUUGGCUGGAAGGAAGUCUACCCCAUGGACUUCUACUCCAAUCAGAGCCUCGGGCCGUGGGCGCCCAACCACCCUGACAACCAGCCUGUGCGGCUCACGCAAAGACAGACUCGGAAGCAAUGCCCGGAGCCAGCUCUUCCUCCCAAGCAGUGUGUACAGAGCCAGAGCGCCCCCUGUGGCUGUCAAGGGGAAUGAUGCAUCGUUUCCGGCUCGGUGUUUGAGUCGCCUCGUGCCUGCCAGUGCCUCUGCUAAUGGCUGGAGGGAGGUCAGGCCAGAAGAGGAG